AUGUCUCUGCACGAGUUUCUGCGGGAGGGUGGGGAAGCAUCCUGCCGAAUCAUGAACCGCCUCAGUCAUCUGAUCCAGACCUUGGACAUCUCUGGUCUGGGCUCUCCUUUCCCUUUCGGCCCUGCCAGCCGCAAGAACUCGUGGAGAGAGUGGGAUGCUUCAUGGAACAAAUGGCAGAAGAGUGAAGAGGAGGUAGAGUGCAGCAGAAGGAUGAGAAGUGAAGAGAUGGUAGGGUCAUGGCUCUACUCCGACGAAGACAUGGGGGUUGACUUGGACUGUGAGUUUAGUAUUAAAUUCAACCCUCUGGCCGGACAGACGGUUGUAGGUUCAGAUGGAAAUCCAGACAGAGAAGAGCUGGAUUUGAGUCCACGUGAAGAUGAGCAGAGUAAGACCGGAGAAGAAGUUGAUGGAGGAGCCGAUUCAUCGUCAGUGGAUGAGGCUGAAACAAAGAUGCUCGUAAAGAUUGAAGAUCAGAGCGGUCAAAACAAAGCGGAAAAGAAGGAAGGAACUUUGAUUGUUUGUUUGGGCUCAAGGGAGCAGAGUUGGGGUCAUGUUCGGAUAUCUGUUCAAGAGGUGGAGACUUACUACAGAUUUUCUCGCCGCUGCCGCUGGCUCUGUGAUGAGAUCAUGCAGCUGGACAGCAGCCCCCUCCGUGCUGCUGACAUCAUCCCCGACCUCAAGAAACAGUUUGCCUUCCUUUCAGGAGGCAGAGGAGACAAUGGAAGCCCAAUCAUUGUGUUCCCAGAGUUCCCUUCAUUUGGGGAGAUCACAGACAGAGAGUUUCACAACGUGCUCACCUACCUGACAAGUGUGCCCAGCCUGUCGUCAACAGACGUGGGUUUCAUCCUGGUCAUUGACCGCAGGCAAGACCGAUGGGCGGCCGUCAAGGGGACACUGCUUCGUAUCGCAGGCUCCUUUCCUGGGAACCUCGAGCUGGUCCUGGUUCUGAGGCCCACCACACUCCUACAACGCACACUCUCAGAUAUCCUCUUCAAAUUCAACAAGGAUGAGUUCAAGAUGAAAGUCCCGGUGAUCAUGUUAAGCUCAGUAACUGAGCUGCACUCCUACAUUGACCGCACGCAGCUGACGCAGGAACUCGGGGGGGCACAGGAAUACUGCCACGAGAAGUGGAUCUCCCACCGCACUGCUAUUGAAGGCUUUGCUAUGAUGGUUAAGAGAACAGCACAGACCCUACAGUCGUUUGGGAUGGAGCUGGCAGAAACUGAACUCCCAAAUGAAAUCCAAGCCACAACAAUCCUGCUGAGCACACACACCAACAGACGAGAUAAAAUGAAGGUGGUCCCUAUAGAGGACAUACUGGUGGCUCUGGGACAGGGCAGCAGGCUUUUGGAGGGUAUCAAUGAGCCCUUAAUGCGAGACCCCGACCACAACAUGAAUCAGGAUGAACUGGAGAACCUCGCAACAGUACAAAGACUGCUGUCUCAGCUGGAUGAGACCGAGAGGGCCUUCGAUGAGUUCUGGGUGAGGCAUCAGACCAAACUGGAGCAGUGUCUCCAACUGCGCCACUUUGAGCAUAGCUACAGAGAGGUGAGAGUUCUGCUGGAUCAGCUGUUGGAAAAGCUCGCAGCCUUCUCUGAGGUCGGGAUCAGCCCGGCACACGCUGACCACAUCCUCUGUGAACUCACCAGCUUUGAGGAGAGAGUUUGUGAGGUUCUGGACAGAGCCCUGGCCUUGUCUCGUGAGGGUGAUGACCUUAUCCAGCACUCCCACUAUGCUGAAGACUCUAUUCAACCCAAAUGCUGUGAGCUCAGACAAAUCAGUGAGAAUGUGAGCGCUAAUCUGAGGGCCAAGAAGGACCUUCUGCAGAAAGCCAUGGAGCUGCACCAGCGGUUGGAGAGGGCGUCUAAAUGGGUGGACGAUGGGAUUUAUCUACUGGCGUCUCAGCCAGUAGAUAAGUGUCAAUCACACGAGGGGGCGGAGUUGGCCCUACAGGAGCUUGAGCGUCACCUGGACAGUGCGGGCCAGAAUCAACUGAGCGACCUCAGCAGCAUCUGGAAUGAGUACGAGGCAGUGCUGAACCAACAGUUAAGGGACCAAGUGGAGAAAGUUUACCAGAAGCAGGCAUCCAUGCAAGAGAUGUUUGACAAGAGGAGGGUCAGCCUCAAGAAGCUAGCGGCCAAACAAACCAGGCCUGUGCAGCCGGUGGCCCCGAGACCCGAAGCCUUUAUCAAAUCCCCCCUCAGCUCACCUGCACACAGAACUCAGCAGGAGAAAAACUGCUCGGACUCCAUCAGCUCCGAAAAAGGAAACGGCCAACUGCAGAAUGGAGAUGGCAAUAGCAGACAUGCAUCUCAGUCCGAGGAGGAGGAGAACCUGGCAGUGCUCAGGCGGCAUGUCAUGAACGAGCUGCUGGAAACUGAGAGAGCCUAUGUGGAGGAGCUGCUCUGUGUGCUGCAGGGAUAUGCUUCCGAGAUGGAUAAUCCAGCAAUGUCUCACCUCAUCCCUGCAUCUCUGCAAAGCAAAAAGGAGGUUCUGUUUGGGAACAUGCCUGAAAUUUACCACUUUCACAAAAGAACUUUUCUAAGGGAGCUGGAACAGUACACAGGCUGCCCUGAACUGGUUGGACGGUGCUUUCUGGAGAGGAUGACAGACCUGCAGAUCUAUGAGAAGUACUGUCACAACAAACCUCGCUCUGAGAGCCUUUGGAGGCAGUGUUCAGACUGUGCCUUCUUUCAGGAGUGUCAGAAAAAGUUGGAGCAUAAGCUGGGUUUAGAUUCUUAUCUACUGAAGCCAGUUCAAAGGAUUACAAAGUAUCAGCUGCUGCUGAAGGAAAUGCUGAAGUAUAGUAAGGGCUGUGAGGGGGCUGAUGACCUGCAGGAGGCACUGACCUCAAUCUUGGGCAUCCUCAAGGCUGUCAAUGACUCCAUGCACCUGAUCGCCAUUACAGGAUAUGAGGGCAAUCUCACUGAGCUGGGUAAGCUACUAAUGCAAGGGUCGUUCAGCGUGUGGACAGAGCACAAGAAGGGCCACGCUAAGGUGAAGGAUCUGGCUCGUUUUAAGCCCAUGCAGAGACACCUAUUCCUCCAUGAGAAGGCCCUGCUUUUCUGCAAGAAGAGGGAGGAGAACGGAGAGGGUUAUGAAAAAGCCCCCUCAUAUAGCUUCAAACAGUCUCUGAGUAUGAGUGCAGUGGGUAUUACUGAGAAUGCAAAAGGAGAUAACAAAAAGUUUGAAAUCUGGUGCAACUCCAGAGAAGAGGUCUAUAUCGUUCAGGCACCAAGUACUGAAGUAAAAACCACGUGGGUGAAUGAAAUUAGGAAGGUUCUGACAACCCAACUGCAGGCAUGCCGAGAAGCCAGCCAGCAGAGGGGGCCAGACCAGGUUUUCCAGUUUCCGCCUGUGCCCAGUGGAACAGUAAGUCUCAGUCCAUUCAAGACGGGUCAGAGAAGCUUUAAAAAGGGAGAAGAGAGGAAAGCUGAGCACUGCAGCCUCGAUAUCAACUCCACCUCUUCACCAAAGCUCACUGGAAAAGAUGAGGCUGUGACAAGCCCAACCUCAGACAGAGCUGCUGUGGCUAGAAAGCGCUUUACAUUACAGGGAUUCAGUAACCUCAAAGUCCAGAAAGGAUCUCCAACCAGCCCAGAUCACAAGACAAAGCGGCAGAGCGAUCCCACUCCGUUUGGCUUUAAAGGCUGGAACAAGGCCUCCCUGUCGCUGGGCGCCUCAGAGGAACAGGACGGCUACUCUAGCGCUGAGGACCCCGUUAACUCUGACCCAGAAGACGAAAACGUCAAGAAGCUGUGUGCUGGUAAAUAUACUGUAAUGGCGGACUAUGAGAAAGGAUGUGCUCAGGAGCUGUCGGUGAAAAGUGGAGACAUGGUUCAGCUGGUGAAGGAGGGAGGCGAUGGACAGUGGUUUGUACGCAACCUGAAUUCUUCUAAGGAGGGCUGGAUCGCUGCUGCUAACCUCAUCACCCUCAUUGGAAAGUCCAAGUCUUGUCAGUCUCUCACCAGCUCAGAGGGCAGUGGUUCUGGGAACCUCAGCACAUCAUCCAGCUGUAGUGAGACCUACGCAAACUUACCAGACACCAAACCCUGAACUCUUCAGCUCUUCCCCCACCAUGGAGCUGCCUUCAAGAACACUAGCAUCACGUGGUUGUAUCUGUGCCGUAUUGCCAACAUCAGUACUCAUGUGAAAUUUGCACAGAAAAAAGUAUUUUUCCAUACGUUUAAUCAAAUUAUUUUCUAUCACAAACAUGUUAGGACCGUCCUUUGGAGUUAAUCGUGCCAUCUUUUAGUGACCAUGCAGAACAGAUUUAUAUUCACAGCAAACUCACCGUUUAGUAAAGUGAUCUCCCUCUAGUUGGAAACGCUUGUGUCUAUGGUUAUGAAAUAGAUGUAUGAAUGGAGCAGCAGGACUGAUCUUACGAAAUGCAUCUGUUUAUGUUCUCAUUCCAAAUGGGACAAAGACCACAAUCUCACAUGGUCACAUCCUAACAGUCAUUUUCAAAAAGGUGAAGAGACAAUAACACAAGGUUCUUGUUUAUAUUGUAUGUUUCCCUCUUUUUUUCCCCUUUAAACAUUUGUUUAUUUGUGAGAAACACCCAUGUGUAUUCAUUUAAUGUUGUCAUCCCUCUUUUUUCUUGUCAUCUUUUUACACUCCGCCCGCCUGUCCUCAGCUUGUAUUUAGAUACCUGUCCCACCACUAGCUGUCCAAACGUUGUGUGUGACCUUUCCUCGUCAUUCUCCCGCUGUUUGUGGAUUUUUAUAAAUGCAACAGCCGUUUCUCAGUGUGAAGAAUCAGUGAUCACUGUAUAAAGCAAACUUAUUCCCUGCAGAAGGACCACAUUCUGAAUGUAGAUACUGUGAAUUAUCAAGUCUGUCAUAAGAUGAUUGUUAAUGGAGAUGAUAUAUUGUACAUUAAGUAUGGUGAUGUCACUAUUUGGUGACUUGUCUAAUAUUUUUUACAUAAAUGACUCGUGACAACGCUAUUGCA